ACGCUUCAUCUGCCUCAUGGAGCCUCUUUUCUUUCAAACGGUCUGCCUGAAGAAGUUACCCACUGACAGUUUUUUAAUGCCUGUGCCUCUCAUGCACUGGACACGUUGUGCCACUGCCCUUCAUCUCAGAUGAACUGUCAGCCUUAUAAAUAAUAAGGGCUAAUUCUUGGAGGAGGCAGUGCACAAUGAAAGAGAAAAAGCUGAGGAAAGCCCCAGAGGAGUGAUUCAUUUGCUUCCUUUCCUCAUCCCUGCUGUGAGCUACAAGCUCUGUCCUUCCUGGUGGAUGAUAUUUGUUAACCUCAGGUGAACUCAGAUAGGCAGUGGGUCAACCUGCUCCAAUGGAGUGUGCUAUGGAGACCAACCAGACAGACAUGAAAGUUUACACCCUCCAGAUUGCCCUGCCACUCACAGUGCUGGUGGCGAUCAUGAUCCUGUUGAUAGUGUUUGGUAAUGUCCUGGUGGUCAUAGCUGUGUUUACAAGCCGGGCCCUGCGGGCUCCCCAGAACUUAUUCUUGGUGUCUCUGGCAUCAGCAGACAUUUUAGUGGCUACCCUUGUGAUGCCUUUCUCCUUGGCCAAUGAGCUCAUGGGAUACUGGUACUUCGGUGGAGUGUGGUGUGAGAUCUAUCUUGCACUUGAUGUUCUCUUCUGCACUGCCUCCAUUGCCCACCUUUGUGCUAUCAGCUUAGACCGCUACUGGUCCAUCACCCAGGCCAUCGAGUACAACCUGAAAAGGACACCGCGUCGCAUCAAAUGCAUCAUCUUCAUUGUGUGGGUUAUUGCAGCAGUUAUAUCCUUCCCACCUCUAAUCACCAUGAAGAAAGACAAGAAUACUGAAAAUGAUUAUAACAAUAAUAACAGUUUUACUAAUGUUACUAAACCUUCGUGUAGGAUCAAUGAUGAGAAAUGGUAUGUCAUCUCCUCCUGCAUCGGGUCUUUCUUCCUCCCUUGCAUCAUCAUGGUUCUGGUCUAUAUUCGGAUCUACCAGAUUGCCAAAAAGAGGACACGAGCACCACCCGGAGACAGAAAGCGAAAGGAUCUGCCAAAGGCUGCCACCGUCGCUGCUUCCAACCAGAAGCAGAACGGCAUGGGGGAUGAUGAGGAUCAUGACAAGCUGAAUGGCGAACAGGUCAUCAAACUGAAGGAGGAAGUGAAACGAGGCGAUGGUGCAGAGGAUGAGAAAGGUGAGGCCAACGGGGUGGACAUUGAGGACUCAUCCUCCUCUGAUCAUCAUAUGCACAAUCCAUGCUCAAUUAAAAAAAAAUCGACCAAGGGGAAACCCAGACUGAGUCAAAUCAAACCAGGGGAAGAUGAUGUCAGAAAGCGCGAGCCGAGCACCAAAGGCAGCCGCUGGAAAGGCCGUCAGAACCGAGAGAAACGCUUCACUUUCGUCCUGGCAGUGGUCAUUGGAGCAUUUGUGAUCUGCUGGUUUCCCUUUUUCUUUACAUACAUGCUGAAGACACUGUGUCUGUCCUGCUGUGUUCCUGAAAAACUGUUCAAGUUUUUCUUCUGGUUCGGCUAUUGCAACAGUGCACUGAACCCCAUCAUUUACACCAUCUUCAACAACGACUUCCGGAGGUCAUUCAAAAAGAUUCUGUGCAGGAGGGACACUAGGAGAUAUGUAUGAUGGACUUGAUCUUGUACAUAUAUUCUUUUUUGCCAUCCUGUAUAAAUUGUAAAAGACAUUGAUCUUUGUGCAUGGAUCACCAGUUUGCUCUAGGUGUUACUGCUUGGAAAAGCUUUGCCAGGAUGAGCUUCCUGUGCACUAGUGGGAAAAGUUUGCCUUUAGAACUUUCUGGCAGAAAAUCUCGUUUUCUUUUAUGCUUUUCUAGGUUUGAGCAACACAAAUAUUUGGUAAGAUUUCAGAAAGAUUGUUGUUUGGGUUAAGAAACAUUCUAUGAAAUACAACAGAAAGAACUGAAGGCUAACUUCUCUCAUGUCUUGCAGCAUCUUUUCGAAACGUCUGCCACCCACAGCCUCAACAUUGACCAAGUUCACACAAAAAAGAGGCUUAAAGUACCGAACACCACAGCGAGAACAUGUUUUAUUGUAACUGCUCUUUGUAUUUUUAUAAAAGAAACAAACACAGUGAAGUCCAUGAUAUGUAUUGUAUUUUAUGAACGUGUAUUGUACAAAAUGAUCUGUCUGAAUAUUUGUCUCUAUUUUUGUUGUUAUGGAUACAGUAUUGUGCAUUUUUUUAUGAUAUGAUGUUGAUGACGAUGACGGUUAAGAUAAUGAUGAUGAUGAUGGCGGUGUGGGAAAAAAUGCAGACCCUUUUAAAGAGUAAAUAAAGGCCAUUUCCUGAAGCAGUCUCAAGGAGCCAUAUAAAACUUCAGACUGGUGAUGACAUGUUAUAAUUUACAGUAUGUUACUGUGUGUUUACUUCACACAAAACACACUAGAGGCGUGUAAUAAAAUGGCACAAAGGCAGCACGAACAAAAGAAAACGUCUGAAUUUGUUCUCAGAAAAUGAUCACGGGUUAAAGAGUUCCCAAAGGAGAAAAUAAAGCGGUCCCACGUGCCACCCGUGCAAGGGUGUGAAAACCUUCUUGUACAGUGAAUUGGAUACUCCAACAGAAAAGUGCAAAUACGCAGGUCUGUUGAAUCUGACCUUUGCAAGAGAUUAACAAAGAGCUUAGCUCUUAAUGAGCCUGAACAGAACAUGUGCAAAUGUUCUUUUGCUCUUUGAAUUAACAAAGAUUGCGAUAAGAUGCUCGACUUUUUUCUUUUUGGGAAGAUGUCAAAUUAAAUUACCCUUCUAAUCUUUUUUUCCCAUCCCAAGUCUGUCUAGUGGAGCUUUAGAUUUCAGAGUUCGUUUUGGAUGAUAAGAAGUAACGGUUCAUUUGCUGUCUCGUGCUACCACAGUAUGCGUCAUUAAAUAAAGACACGCAGCCUGUCAAACCAGAUCCUGAUUGACUGGUUCAUCUCUCUUUUGCUCUCUCUCUCUGUCUUUUCACUGUCUUCCCUCCAUCAGACUUCGAAGAGCGGGUGAAAAAAAACAAUUGAGUAACUAUAAUCUGUGCAUCGAAAACAGAGAGCAUAGCUUUUCCCUGCAGAGGAGGAGUAUGUAAAUGGAUUCCUUUUGACUGUCAGGAAGGCAGUUGAGCAGAAAAGCUAAAUGGUCUUUUGGGAGUUUUUCUAACUGUGUAUCCACCUUAUCCAACACAGCCUGAUGUACACUUAUAUUUAGCCGGGGGAGUGUUUCUCUGCACGUUUACAACAUGUAUAAGUGUGGUGAGUCUGUGAGAAAAAGGCAGUGCAUGUGUGUGAGAAUGUGCAAGUGUAUUUGCAGCACAUAUAAACACAGGGGGUGAGCUCCCACUGGACAGACAUGUUUGCAGUCGUGCUGAUACUCCAUGCUCAUUUUGAAUGUGAGGAGAAAUUUUCUGGGAGAUUUUGUUAUGUUGUAGAAAAGAAAAGAAAACUUUACCAGAGAGAUGGGUGUCAAUAAAGGUUACAGAACUAAUA